UCAGCAGGAUCAACAGUUGUUUAAGUACGACCACGUGUAGUGCACUUUCUCUUUGUCAAAUCAGAAAUCUCCGCUUCUCAUCGUUAACAAUAAUAAUCACGUGGUGUCUCCACAGUGAUGAUAUUAUAAGAAUACACGUUACAUAUCGUCCAACGUCAUCUCAUCUUGUCUUGACUCCGCCCACUCUUCACGGCCCCGCACAUUGAACUACACAUUACACAAUGAAAAAGUCUACACAACUCGCCAGACAAGUCAUCAGAGCUAUCGGAUGUGCUAAUGGACUUGCUGGAAGACAACUCGGAUGUGAAAACGCAGUAGAGGUUAUCAAAGCAUCUACAUAUCUGGCUGGUGUUCAGACGAGACUUCCACUUGAAUGGGGAAAAAUCAUAGAAGAGGUGAACACUGGAAGACAUGCGAGUGCAAUGUCAGGAGUUACACAGACAUGCCGUCAGCUUGCACAUGAAACCCGACAAGUAAUAGAAAAUAAGGAAGAGUUACUUGUGUUCGGAGGAGAUCAUAGUUGUGCAAUCGGAACGUGGAGUGGAGUAGCCACCGCAAUGCGACCAGUCGGAGAUAUUGGGCUUAUUUGGGUUGAUGCACAUAUGGAUGCCCACACCCCUGACACAAGUGACACCGGAAACAUUCAUGGAAUGCCAGUUGCGCAUCUUCUUGGCUUCGGUGACAAGACGCUGGUGAAAAUCGGAGAUCGGCUGCCCAAACUUCUUCCCCACAACCUUUGUAUGGUCGGUAUCAGAGACUACGAAUCGGCAGAACAGGAACUUCUCGAGAAAUUGGGGGUCAGAAUCUUCUACGCACACGAAGUUGAAAAGAGAGGAAUUCAAGAUGUAAUGCAAGAGGCACAGUACUUGGUCACAAGAAACACAAUCGGUUACGGUCUCUCAAUAGACUUGGAUGGAUUUGAUGUUUCUUACGCACCAGCUGUUGGAACACCGUCUGCAGAUGGAAUCAAUGCAUUGGAGUUCAUCAAGGCUCUUUUGACAAUUGAUUUGACAAAGUUGAUUGCGACUGAAAUUGUGGAAUUCCUACCACGAUUCGAUGACACCCAAAGGACCAGCGAGCAACUUGUGUCCAGUUUGGUGGAGUAUAUUUACAAGACAAAGCAAUUCCAAAUCAACUCGGUUAAUGAAAUUGCACAACGCGUGAGCACGUCGGAACAAUCUCAGAAAAUUACAAGAGCAAUGUGAAUCUUUUUUUGUGAAACUUUGCGCAUUUUUUAUAAUAAAGCAUUUAACUCGAUAAAAC